AUGAAGAAUUUAGAUUUUUAUGAUUCAGAUUUACAAUCUGAUAAUCCAGAUGACUUCCACUCAGAUCAUGAACCACCAAAAGAUAUAGUUAGAGAGAGAAAAUUGUUAAAAAAAACAGAAUUACUUAGAAUUUAUAAAGAAAUAUGGCAGAUUGGAAAAGGACUUCCUAAGCCAGCUAAAUACGAUUAAAUAAAAUUACAAUAUGAAGAAGUUUAAGACCCUGAUGCUUAAAGUGAUUAGACUGAGGAAUAAAAAAAAGAAAUGUUUGAAAAGUAUAUCAAUCAUGUAAAGGAAGUAGAUCAAAUUACUCCAAAUUUAGGUAUAAACAAUUUCGAAGAGUGGUUUGAAGUAGUUGUUGAAAGCAUGAAAAAAGGCGAAGUUAGCUUUAUUAUUUUAGAAUAUUUAAAAUAUGAUGACAACAAGAUGAAGAUAUUAGAUAAUAAAAAGCAUUUUAUGUUUUAUUUAGAAGAUUGGACCACUGUUAUUGAUUUGAAUUAAGAUAUGACAAUACUCAAGAAAAUAGUCCAGAAGGGAGAAGGAAAUCAUAGAACAGAAAAAUAGGAUGAAAUUAUAGUUAAUUAUUGUUUGAAGAGAGGAGAAGAGGUUUUGGAUGAGAGGAGCGAUGACACUCCUAUCAGAGUUGAAAGUCUCUUAGAAAAAGGGAUGUCUGAAGUUGUAUGGAGGGUGAUUAGAUCUAUGAAAGAUAAGGAAAUAAGUGAAGCCUAAAUUAAACAAGAAGCAUUUUUAAAAAAAGAAAGCGAAAGUAAUUAGGAAAGGUUUAAAAUAAACUAGCAAGAUGAUAAUACAAUAUAUUCUCUUACAGUCAACUUGAAGCAAUUAACAAGAAUUGAUGAUAUUUUUGGAGAUUAAAUGGCUAUCAAGAAAGAAAUUCUUAAGGGAAAUUCAACUGCAAAGCCUGAAAAAAUAGCUAAAAUAUAUUUUGAAUUAAAAAUAGAAAUCGAUGGAGAAAUUAUUUACCAGUCGAUAGAUGGAGAUUUCCCUAUAUUGACAGAAAAGCAGGUAUUUGAUUUUGAAUUCUUAGAGCAACAACCUACUUGCUGGAAAUACUUUCUCGACGAGUAUAAAAUGUCAAAAUUGUUAAAAAAUACCCUAAGAAGAAUGAAGAAAUAAGAAUACUCAGUCCUUGAAUGCAGAGACAAAACUCUUAUUUAAUAUGGAAAAGAUUUUGAAAUUAUAAAAGAAAAGUAUAAUGGAGUUAUUCCUGAUUAUGUUAAAUAUCACAUCAAGUUGUAUAAUUUUACUGAAGGCAAAAACACAUUCACAAUGACAAUAGACGACAAAGUUGAACAAGCAUAACGUAAAAAAAUUGUAGGACUUAGAUUUAUUCAGGAGUAAAAUUUUAAAAAAGCCAGUAAAACUUUUGAAGCUAUCAAUGCUUUCUUCGAACUAGGCAAAUUUAUAGGUGAAGAUGCCUAAAAAGUUCAUCCUCAUAAAAUAUCAAGUUUACUUAAUACUUCUUUAUGUUAUCUGAAGAUUAAAAAGUGGGAUAAAUUAAUUUUGACUUGUGACAAAAUUCUUGAAAUAGACCCUAAUAACCCUAAGGCCAUUUAUAGAAAAUGUUUAGCAUUACAAGAAUAGUCAGAUUUCGAAAAGGCUAUUGAUAUUUUAAAUAAUCUUAUAAACAGCAACUAAAAAAUUGAAGAAAAUCAACUUUAAGAACUUCAAAAGCUCAGAAACAUUUUAAUCAAGUCAUAGCAAGAUUAUUUAAAAAAAUAAAAAUAAGUUUUUUCAAAAAUGUUUAGCUGA